AUGCUCACCUUUGCGUAUGCCACCCUCGCAGAUGCCUCUCCUUGCAGUCUCAGCUGCCACUCUGACCAUGUUCUCUCGAAUGCCCCAAUGCCUAGAUGCCCGUCACCAACCCACGAGUAUGCCCAGAUGUAUGCCCCUCCCACUCCUGGAUGGAUGAAUGUUCAAGCCGAGUAUGCCCUCCUCGUUGUAGUUCGUGAAGUAUGCCCCCGUCUACUCUGUGUCUCACUUUACAAGAUUAAUACCGAUGUGACUGUCAGAAGCACGCAUGCCGCCACUAGCCUCCGGCCGAUCACCAUUAAUGCCUCAAACGCUCCAUUUUGGCGGGAAAUUUACAAAAGAAGGAUAAAAGCUUCAAGUUCAUCCUGCAAAAGGAAAGAGGAGCAGCAAAGCCAUCCCGAUCAGCAGCCUGCUCCCAAGAAGCCACGGCUAGUUUUCACGGAUUUGCAGCGUCGUACACUGCAAGCUAUUUUUAAGGAGACGAAGCGGCCCAGCAAGGAGAUGCAGGUGACGAUCGCGCGGCAGCUGGGCCUCGAGCCGUCGACGGUGGGCAACUUCUUCAUGAACGCUCGUCGCCGCUCCAUGGACAAGUGGAAGGACGACAACGAGGGCUCCAGCAAGAUGUGCGGGCUGGCGUCGCCGAACAGCACGGUGGUGCACAUGGCGCAAGUGCCGCAGAUGAACCAGACCAACUCGAUGGUGGGCCACUGCCUCGACGACCACGACUUGUGACAGGCCACCCCGCAGCCCCUGGUCUACCUGGCGCCG